GCAGUCAGUUGUCAGUCAGGGGGCGCCGAGGACACUAGCCUACUUAAACAUUCGUUGGUUCAACCGGCAAUGGUGGAUGGGUGAAAAGACGAGACCUUCAACCUCGUUUCGUUUUUAGGCUUCACUGAUACUUAAACAUAAUAAUUAUGGAUGAAUUAAAACACCAGGUCAUGAUUAAUCAGUUUGUUCUUACUGCUGGCUGUGCGGCAGACCAAGCAAAGCAGCUUUUACAAGCGGCACACUGGCAGUUUGAGACUGCUCUCAGCACAUUCUUUCAAGAAACGAAUAUACCAUACAGCCACCAUCAAAUGAUGUGCACUCCAACAAACACGCCAGCGACACCACCCAACUUCCCUGACGCACUCGCCAUGUUCUCGCGCCUCAAGGCCUCGGAGAGCUACAACAGCGCGGGCAGCCCCCGGGGGUCCAUGGCGACCUCCCCACCUCCUCAGGUGAACUGGGCCAUGAGCCCCCCAGCCCCGAGCCCGCAGGGCCUGUGGACCGCAGCGCCACGGGCCCCCCAGACGGCCACCCCGCCGCCAGGCUGGCCCGCAGCCGUGGCCCCGCAGGCCGCUCCGGAGCAGAUGGCCACCAUGGUCAUGGAGGCCGAGAGAUGAGGGCCUGCGGCAAGGGAGGUUACACACUACUGGGAGGACCGUCCUCUCUCGGGUGGGAAGUGGGGGAGAGGGCCAGGGUUGGGAUGGAGAUCUAUCUUUUGCCAUGUGGAUAAGCACUGAAGAAGAAGAAGACAAACCAGUAUACAAUGAAACGGG